AUGGUUCGGUGUCCGCUGUGUCAGAAGGACGUCUCUACCUUCAUGAUAGACCCUCACAUCGAGUCAAACUGUACAAAUUUCUUCGAAAAUGACAAGGAGAAGCCAGGAUCGGGUUCAAAAAGCAACAGACCUGCCUAUUCGCCCAGAACCUGCUCGACCUCAAAGAUUAAAGGUUCCAACAAUGCUCCUGGAGUACCUUAUCCACACCCAAAAAUACCUGUCAAAAGAGCCCUCCCCGAAGCCGAACGGGACUCAGAGCGACUUCAGACAGUUAGCACAGCCAACUUGGGCCCGGGGUUGAAGAAGACGCUGAAUGGACGUGGCUGGACAAACCACAAUGCAACACUUGCGGAGCGCCUUCGGCCAACGAGCCUCGGUGACGUUGUUGGACAGAGCCUGGUCAAACCCGGCGGUGCUCUCUACGAAAUGGUCCAGCAGAACAAUAUCUCGCAUUUUAUUAUGUGGGGUGGGUCAGGCACAGGGAAGACUACAAUUGCCAGGGCGCUCUCCCGGAUGACAGAUAUGGAUUUUGUGGAGAUUGGAAGUGUUACAACGAGCAUGAAGGAAUACGAAGAUAUAUUAUCCAAAGCUAGGAGAAGCUUCAAGGCCACGAAGAGGAAGUCGAUAAUUUUCUGUGACGAGAUUCAUCGGUUGUCGCGACCACAGCAACGACUCUUCGUGGACGCUGUCAAAGAAGACUCAAUAAUCUUAGUCGGAGCAACAACGGAAAACCCGUCGUUGAACCUCCAUCACACUCUGGUUUACAAGUGCAGGGUUUUUACAUUGUCCAAAUUGGAAGACGCUGAUAUCUACAGACUUCUUGAGCGGGCCCUGAAGCUGGAAUUGACUAUGAAGGGGACCGAGGUUCCACUGUCUCUCGAUCACGAGCUACUGCUGUUCUUAGCUAGCCUUGCUGAUGGGGACGCCAGAGCAGCUAUUGAGUUACUGGAUCUCGCGUACCAUCUAAGCGAACGACCAAAUAUGACUAAAGAGCGGUUAAAGCAGUCCUUGACGCAACCUCUUGCUUAUGACCGCGCCGGAGACCAGCACUACGACACCAUUUCCGCAUUUCACAAGUCUGUCAGAGGCAGCGAUCCAGACGCGGCCUUAUAUUACCUUGCGCGCAUGCUUGAAUCAGGAGAAAAUCCUCUCUUCAUAGCCAGGCGCCUAGUUGUCGCGUCGUCUGAGGAUAUUGGUCUUGCGAACAAUGCAGUACUGCCUCAGGCAACGGCAACGUUCAAGGCCAUUGAAACUUUGGGCCUCCCUGAGGCGCGGGCGGCCCUCGCUCAGCUUACUGUGACGAUGUGCUUAUCGAAGAAGAGUACGCGCUCCUAUCGGGGCCUAAAUAAUGCUUUCGCCGCGUUACAAGAGCCUGGGAUGCAGGACUUGCCUAUUCCUGUCCAUCUAACCGAGCAAAGCAACGCACGGCUUCAAGCGGCCGGCGUCGAAUGCUAUAAGUAUAAUUUGGACUAUCUCGAUGGUGUCGUGAAGCAGGAAUAUCUUCCUUGCGGCCUGGAAGGACGGAAAUUCCUUGAAGAUACAGACUUUCUCUUCCAGAAAGAUCCAGAUCUCGAAUACUAG